UAAUAUGAGGUAAAGAAUCACAAUUUAUGAUACCAGCACUGUAAGAUUUGAUUGCUGAUUUGAAAUAUGUCCUAUGAUCGUAAUCUUGACCAACCGUUUAGGAGAGUUCAGUGUUCCCCCAUUCAAAUAGAUAGGAGCUGCACUGGCAUGACUGGAAAUCUUACUGGAAACCUCCUGAGAACGUUCCAAAGAUGGCCGACAGUGGACUGACUUGCUAGAAAGACGUUUUGGGCGUUUUUCCAAACGGCAGUUUUGCGCCUUAGAAGGACACUGCGGGAAGGGGACGCCACUCGAAAGUGCGUUCCAAACAAAAUUAAGAAAGCAUUUUUUUUUUACUAUUAGCGAAGGUUACAUUCAUACAGUACUUUCAUGCUCCAUUUAGACUGUCCACAUCAAGAUAUCUAUCAUUAAAAGGGAGUAGGGCAUAUGGAUGAUCACUAUCAACUGAAUUUUGCCCUUUGAGCUGAAUACACUAGCGGCAGUUUCAGCUUGCCAUGUGACCGGAAGUAUUGUUUCUGGUGGGACCGCGCGAUUGUUGCACGAAUUGACAUCGCGGUAAAUUGUAAACAGCUUAGAGGAAGUAGAAUGUCACGACCAAUGGGAGAAAGUCACAAGCGCUUCUUACAGACCAUGAUGAGCAAUGGAAUCAUCAGUGCUUCACAGGCCAAAGCCCUACACAAACACUGCUGUGAGACCCAUGAAGCACACUAUACGCAAGAUAGACUAGAUGAAUUCAUUGAUGUCAUCAAUGCUCAUCUUCAGCCCAUGUUUAUGCACAUCAGAAAGGGCAUGUCUGAAGAGGACGGACUGCAGUAUUAUGCAUUGGUAAACAUAACAGAGACUGACAUAACAAGAAUGGCGUCUGAUUAUGCAGACAAUGAACUGGAAUUGUUCAGGAAAACGAUGGAUCUGAUAGUAGACUCUGAGAGCGGUUCUGCAUCCUCCACCGAUAUUUUAAAUUGUGCCGACACCCUCCAGACAAAGAAACUGAAGAAAAAAGAAACUGAGCAUGUCUUAAACAAAUUUGUCCAGGACAAAUGGUUAAAUGAGAAACAUGGCGAAUACACUCUGAGUGUUCGCUGCCUCAUGGAAAUGGAGCAGUAUAUGCGCACAAUCUACCAGGAUCUCAUCAAAGUGUGUUACGUGUGCCACAACAUUGCCUUGCAGUGCCAAAUGUGUGACAAUCCGACCUGUGGAAUCAAGAUGCACCUCCCAUGUGUUGCUAGAUAUUUUAAAGGACGAAGUGACCCUCAUUGCCCCUCGUGCAAUGAUUUCUGGCCUCAUGAGAUUCCAGAAAUACAGCGUCCUCAGUCACAGAGUUCACAAAGUCAGUCUUUAUCAGCCAAAGAGAACACGGCUCCCACACCAUCCACAUCAGCAACACGGCGGUCCAGAAGGUCCUAAUCUCAAAGCUUACCCUGCAGAUUCAACUCUGCAGCUGGG